GGAUUUUCCAAACAAAAUUUUCUUUUCUUUUAUGUUACGAUUUGAAUAAUGUUGUUGAAAAAGAGGAAGAGAACAGAGCUGUAGUUCAUUGUUCACACAGGAGAAACUUCAGGCCCGUCACUUAUAAGAAGUCUAAUCUAAUGUCAAUGAAUGAAUGAAGUAUUUCACUCUAUUCUUUCCUGUUUCUGCAGCUGUUCAGGAAAACCCUCGUGAGAAACACCUGAACGGGAAAGAGUGCGACACCACGGCCAGCAGUGCCCCUGAGAGCCAGCUGCUGCUAGAGUCUUUAGCAGGUUUUGCGCUGGUGGUCAGCAGUGAUGGGAUGGUCUUCUACGCCUCCUCCACCAUAGUGGACUACCUGGGCUUCCACCAGACAGAUGUGAUGCAUCAGAACGUGUUCGACUACAUUCAUGUGGACGACCGGCAGGAGUUCAGACGACAGCUGCACUGGGCCAUGAACCCUUCAGCUCAAAGCGGCUCGGGUGAAGAUUUCGUGUUCAGCAGUUUGUUCCAGUCUGACGUUCCUCCGGAGUUCUCCUGCUUCCUGAACCGCUGCUUCCUCCUGCGCGUGCGCUGCUUACUGGACAGCAGCUCUGGAUUCCUGACGAUGCAGUUUCAGGGAAGACUGAAGCUCCUUCACGGUCAGAGGAAGAAGACGUCGUCCGGAGCGCUUCUGCCUCCUCAGCUGGCUCUGUUCUGCGUCGCUGUGCCUCUGCUCCUGCCCUCCAUCACCGAGAUGAAGAUGAAGAGUGGCGUGAUGAAGGGCAAACACAGGAACCCCGGCCUUUUCACCUCGUUAGAUCACAAUGACAGAGACGAUGCUUUCAGACAGGCCUCGCUCCUGAGCAAAGACAGCGUCAAGUACAAGAGCGAAGGGCCCUACAGCCCGGACGAGCCUCUGGACUUCUGCAAGACGAGCGGGCAGAAGUUCACAAACCUGGACUGUGGCGUCUGGCCCUCCAGAAGCUCCUCGGUCCUCGGCAAACACUACACUAAACCGUAUCGAUCGGCCCCGGGAUGUUACAGCUCCAGAGCCGAGGCCUUCAUCCCCAAACCCUUCGACAGCGACUGCGGCGUCAAGAGCGAGGGCUUCUGCUUCGACGGAUACGAGGCUCAGGCGGUGCUGGAGCCGGCGGUGAAGGUGGAGCAGGACUCGGACUCGGAGAACGCUUCGUGGACGCAGAUGAAAGCAGAGGCUGGAUUCGGAGAGCAGUACUCUUCCUGUCAGCGUCUGAAGGGAGCGCCGUACACCGGACAGUAUUACGGCUCGACCCGAGCGCUCAAGUGUGUCCUGAACCGAGACGGCGCGGCUGCCAGCGCAUACAACACACACUGCAGCGACGCCUACGCUGACUACAAAGGGUACGUGCAGCACGACUAUAAAGCGGGUUACGAGUUCAAAGGUCACGGGCUGCUCCACUGCAUCAAACAGGAGCCCGUCGACGCUCCGCUGUGGCACGACGACACGAACUGCUCCAUGAGCGCCGCUCACAAGAUCAACCCCUACGUCUUCAUGCAGUAGCUUCUCUCAUUCUGUCAUCUUUCAUUUUAAAAAACUGGAAAUUCAUGAGGUGUGUUUUUCUAACCCACAAUCAUCCCAUUGUUCAUACGCACUUACACAUGUACGCGCACACACACACACACACACACACACUCACACACGCGCACACACACACUCACACGCGCACACACACACUCACACGCGCACACUCACACGCACACAUACACACACUCACACACACGCACACACACACAUUUGAGCGUCUGGUUAGGCUUUGUUUGGUGAGCUUCCAUUAUAUUUUGUUUCUAUGCACAUUUUUAUAUUGUGAGACUAAUAUUUCUUUCUCAGUUUGUUCAACAAACAUGGACAAGACUAACAUAAAAAAUUAUCUGAAAAUUAUUGAAAUUAUUUCAUUUGACAGAUUGAUUUGAAGGUUCAGGAUUUGCUGAGAGUCUAGUACAUCAUUACAGUAAUUGUUUUACUUUUAGGAGUUGUUUU